ACAGCCCCCAAAUCCCCAAACCCUAGCUCUACCCACCCCCCACCCCCGCCUCUCCGCCGGCCGCCAUGGCCGAUUCCGUCGACGACAAGGUCGGCUACUUCCAGGCCAUCACGGGAAUCCCCGACACCGACCUCUGCACCGAGAUUCUCGCCGCCCACAACUGGGACCUCCAGCUCGCCGUCUCCUCCAUCACCGGGAACCCCUCCUCGCCCGAGCCGUCUACCUACGCCCCGCCGCCGCCGCCGCCGCCGCUGGAGGACGAUUUCGUCCCGCUCCCACCCCUCGCGCCUGCACCUCCUCCUCCUCAGCAGCAGCAGCAGCCCGGGAUCGCGUGGAGGCUGGUCACGCUCCCCUUCUACGUGGUCUCCGGCGGGGUCGGCCUCAUCACCGGCUCCAUCCGCCUCGGCGUCUGGGUCGCGGGCGGCGUGCUCUCCCGAUCCCUCUCCCUCCUCGGCCUCGCGCAGGGCGGCGGCGACGGGCUCCACGGGCUACCCCCGUCUGCCGUCGAGGCGGUCGACUUCGUUGCGGAGUUCGAGCACGAGUUCGGGGCUGGCCGCGGCCCACGGUUCGUCACCGAGGGCUUCGCGGACGCGCUGCAGCGCGCGCAUCGCGAGUACAAGCUUCUCUUCGUGUACCUCCACUCGCCCGACCACCCGGACACCCCCGCGUUCUGCGGUGGCUGCCUCUGCUCCGAGCCCGUGGCCCAGUUCAUAAACGAGAACUUCGUCGCGUGGGGCGGCAGCAUCAGAAGGACUGAAGGGUUCAAGAUGAGCAACAGCCUCAAUGCGUCGCGCUUCCCGUUCUGCGCGCUAGUCAUGGCAUCUACGAACCAGAGAAUUGUGCUGUUGCAGCAGGUUGAGGGGCCCAAAUCACCUGAACAGAUGAUAACAAUUCUUCAAAGAGUGGUUGAAGAGUGCACUGCCUCACUUGUCGCUGGCAGGAUUGAAGCCGAAGAAAGACUAAACAAUCAGCGUUUGCGCGAGGAACAAGAUGCUGCUUACAGAGCUGCACUUGAAGCUGAUCAGGCUAGGGAACGCCAAAAGAGGGAGGAACAAGAAAUACUUGAAAGAGAGGCUGCAGAGGCUGAGAGGAAACGUAAAGAAGAUGAGGAGGCACAAGCCAGGGCUGUCCAAGAAGCAGCUGAAAGGGAAGCUGCUCUUGCAAGGAGGCGGCAAGAGAAGGCAAUGGCACUCGGAGCUGAGCCUGAGAAAGGGCCUGAUGUUACUCGGGUUCUUAUAAGAUUUCCAACUGGAGAGCGCAAAGAAAGGAGAUUCCACAGUUCCACCACCAUUACCUCCAUCUACGAUUAUGUUGAUUCUUUGGAUUGUUUGAAAGCAGAAAAGUACAGCCUAGUUUCAAAUUUCCCGCGGGUAACCUACGGUCCUGAAAAGAACUCCCAGACGCUGGUGGAAGCAGGUUUGCACCCGCAAGCAAGCCUGUUUGUCGAGAUAGAACAAUGAAAAUCUCCAGUUUUGUAAGUUCUGUACUGAAACUUGCAAGUAUAGGUGCUCCUUUUGUAUACUCUAUUUGACAAACAGUGCGGACUUGAAGCUGUAUGACAAUAUGCUUAGACUUGACUUCCAUGCAGAUGCUGCUUUUGUGUUUCUCAUUCGUUAAAUAAAUCCACCUUCUCCCA